AAAAAAUGAAUGAUUACCUGCAUCUGAAGCUCUGCUCGGCCUUACGGAGCCACAGUUUCAAUUCAUCGUCUGGCUGUAAGGGCCCCGACUUUACUGUUCUGGUUCCCUUUCACCGCUCUCACAGUGUCGAGUCCGGAUGCAGCAGUCAGCUGUCAACGUCAUGUUCACGGCUUGUUUACGCUGUCCCCGAGUGAUCAAGAAAAUCAUGAAUUGUAGCUUCGAAGGUGGACUGUUUUGUUUGUAUCACCAAUUCUCAGUGCGCUGCGCAGCACGGGCAUGGUCUGGUGAUCUUUCCACCAACAGGACAUGGCCGGGUACAAGCCCAGGGUGAUUUCUCUAACCAAGAGGCCGGGCGAUUCCUUCGGCUUCUACUUGAGGGUGGAGCGUGGUGUGGACGGUCACCUGAUCCGCUGCCUGGAAAUGGGAGGUCCAGCUGAACUGGCUGGCAUGAAAGAUGGAGACCGCAUCCUGCGGGUCAAUGGGACAUUUGUUGAUGGACUGCCCCAUUCAGAGGUGGUGGACAUGGUCAAAAACAGUGGAGUAUCAGUCACAUUUCACACCCUGGAAGAAGCUCCCUACGCACAAGCCAAAGCAAAGGGGGUGAACCUGUCCGACCCUCAGAGCGCACCGGUGGCCAACGGAGGGCCCGAACAGGCUCUCUACCCCAAACUGUGCUACCUGGUUAAGCUCAGCUCAGGCUACGGGUUUUCCAUUCGCUCAGUCAUAGGUGAGCAGGGUCUGUUCAUGACAGAGGUGGUCCCAGGAGGAGUGGCUGACAGGGCAGGGGUCAGUGUCAACGACCGCCUGCUGGAGAUCAACGGGGAGAACGUAGAAGGCUCCACACACGAUCAGGUAGUGGACACCAUCAAACUGGCGGGCGGCAGCAUCAUGUUCCUGCUGGUUGACGAGGAAACAGACCGGCACUACCAGAACAAACAUACGAAGAUAGGAGCGAGGUUAGCCACUGCCAAGUAUCUCCCACACAAGCCACGCGUCAUCGACAUGACCAAAGGACCCGAUGGCUAUGGCUUCCUCCUCAAGGAGAUGACCCAAAUAGGCCACAUCACCAAGGACAUAGACAGAGGCAGCCCAGCAGAAAGAGCCGGUCUGAAGGAAAUGGACAGACUCGUAGCCGUGGACGGGAAGGAGGUGGACAGCUUCAGCCAUGAGCAGGUGGUGGACAAGAUCAAGCAGAGUGGGAACCAAUGCCGCCUCCUAGUGGUGGACAAAGACACGGACCAAAUGUAUAAGCAGGGCAACGUGUCUCCUAUGGUCUUCUUGGAAGGGAUGAACUUGGAUGACUCCAACUCACCGCCCAGUUACAGAGAGGCCCUCAAUUUACCUGCUCGUGUCCAACCAUCCACACCUGUUCAGAGUAGAAAGGAGGAGCUCAAGCCCAAACUGUGUAAGAUGGAAAAGGCCUCAACUGGCUAUGGCUUUCACCUAAAUGGCAUCAUGGGGGUGUCCGGGCAUUACAUCAAGGAGGUGGUGAAAAGUGGAGCGGCUGACAGGGCGGGUCUGGAGGAGGACGACAUCGUGGUGGAGGUCAACGGGGUGAAUGCGGAGCAGAGCAGCCACGAGGAGGUGGUGGAGAUGAUCCGCAGCGGCGGCGGCUCUCUGGAGAUGCUGGUGGCUAACCAAAGCGUCUAUGACCAGCUCAGAGCUCAAGGAGUGACCAUCACGCGCCUGCUCCUCGGGGGGACAUCUUAUGCUCAGGUGCACACUGCAGACACUCGGGAGGAAGAGGAGAGACGCGAGGCCAGACCUGAAACCCCAGCUGAACCAGCAAGAGAGCGGACCAUAUCUUCAUCUUCUGACAGUUUCGAUGAGAGUUUCUGAAAAAUCACUGAAAGCACCGGCUCUCCGAUUUGGCCUUUGUCAAUAUUGUUGAUCCACCAUUUUCUAAACAAUCAGCUCUCAAGGCUUCACACGUGCAAUCAACAGACAAGAAAUGCAGAAAGAAGGACAGUCAAGACUUAUGAAAGAAAACUUUGGCAGGAUAUUUGCACAAUUAAAGGACUGAUAACACCUUUUCGGGAAUAAUUUUGUCUUCCUCUGAUGAAAAUAGUAUCUGCUUGUAGAACAUGGAUCUGACUAAUAUAAAAUAUCUACCACGGCUUAUAAGCAUAUAACACUAUUAUAGUUUCCAGUCAAUACUGUGGCCUUUCAUUAGAAAAAAAGGGAGCAAAUAUAACGUUUAGAGAUUCCUGAUCGUGUUUUCUUUGGCUGCCGAUAAUGAUUGAUGAUCAUUGAUGAUCCAUAUUGUUGUUUGAUUAUAGCAGCUGGUCGACAAGGCUCCCAAAAAAGUUAUCCUUUUACUUUACGUAGAGUGUUUUCCCUCAUAAAAAAAACCCCACACAAUUCAAAUGAUACGGGAAUAAAAGAUAGUAUUUAAUAAUAAUAACAAUAAAAAUAACAGUAGUUUGAUUGACUAGCUGUGAGCUAGUGUAAACAUCUCAUAACUCCUCUCUCAUAUGUCUAAUUUGUGUUUAUUCAAGUUUCUCACCAACACCACAUUUUAUGAGAUUACAUGUGAACAUGAUAACGUUAUAAUUUACCUUCCUGUAACAGAGCCUGAACGCAUCAUAAUGUAACUGAACGAACCUUCCUCUGUUGUCCACGAGCCACUUUAGCUCUCGUGUCGAUUUAAACAGAUUGAUUGUUCACAAUGUAACGUUAGCAGAAAUAUGCGACCAGAAAAGCAUAAAUGCCUAUGUCCUGAUCAUAUAUUUUACUGAUUAUUGGUGGAUGAUUGUCAGUAACACUUUAUCUCUCACUGAUGGUUAAACUGUGUAAUUAAUCCGCGGUUCACCUGCUCGUCGAAGGGCGAGGGGUAGUCCGUACUGAUCCAUUACAACACUGCCGUUCAUGUAUUUAUUUGUCUCUCUCGGCUUCCUAUAUU